AUGGAUAUUCAUAAUGAUCUCUCAAUGUCGCAUAAAGGGCAUUCGGGAGUCAAUCAACUUGGAGGUUUAUUUGUCAAUGGUCGACCAUUGCCUGACACAACUCGAACACGUAUUGUUGAACUUGCACAUAAUGGCAUGCGGCCAUGUGAUAUAAGUCGGUGUUUACAAGUAUCAAAUGGUUGCGUAUCAAAGAUUUUGGCACGCUACUAUGAAACUGGUUCAAUAAAACCGCGUGCUAUCGGCGGUUCGAAGCCACGUGUAGCGACGUCGGACGUUGUCACUAGAAUUGCUCAAUAUAAACGCGAAACGCCGUCGAUAUUCGCAUGGGAGAUUCGCGAUCGUCUUCUAGCAGAUAAUAUCUGCAAUCCAGAAAAUAUACCAAGUGUUUCAUCAAUAAAUCGAGUACUUCGAAAUCUCGGUUCGAAAUCUCUGGAUUCAAUGACCAAUCAUGAGACCUACUAUUCAGUUGAUAAUAAACUACGUGUUUUACACAGUCAACCAUGGUCAUCAUCGUCACCAUCAUCGUUCUAUGCUCAUCAACCAUCGUCAAGUAUUUAUUCGAAUAGUGGUGAUUCGAAUUCUGAAUAUAAACAUCAAACAACCGAUAUCAAUCAUGGAGGACCACAUCAUGAUUUAGGAGAUUUAUCUGAUGGUAGUGACGAUAGUAAAAUAGGUCUACGAGAAGGUUUAAACGAAAAUGAAGAAGCUGUACAAGAACGUUUAAAAUUGAAAAGAAAAUUGCAACGGAAUCGAACCUCAUUUUCUCAAGAACAAAUUGAUGCUUUAGAACAAGCUUUCAAUAGUUCACAUUAUCCAGAUGUAUAUGUACGUGAAAAACUUGCACAUAAAAUUAAUCUACCCGAAGCUCGAAUACAAGUGUGGUUUUCUAAUCGUCGUGCAAAAUAUCGUCGCGAAGAUAAAGUUAAAGGCCGACGACAACAUCAACAACAAUUAAUGAACGACAUGGGUGAAAAUAUGCGACCGUCAGGUGCAACACCACCACUUCCACCACCAUCAUCUGUUUAUCCUCAAAUGUUUCCAUCGAGUAAUCCUUCGAUAAAUAACGAUCCGCAUCAUCAUCAUCAUCAUCAUCAAUAUGGACCGUUUAGUUCAGGAUUUAGUGCUGCUGUUGCAUGUAGUUCAAGCGGUUAUCCAACAUUUUUUCCCACUUCAACACGUGGUUACGACGGACUUAGUCCAUUUAGCACACCUUAUAAUCGUUCUUGUUCAACUUAUCCAACAGGCAUUCAAACUAAUCUAUCUGCAGAUCAAAUGAAAAACAUGUCUUCAAUGUCAGCGUACGGCAGUGCUCCGCAUAUUUGGUAUCCACAAAUAUUACCGUAA